AUGUGGUUCCAUAUACCCACUACCUCCCCUCAGGCCACGAUGAUGGCCCUGGCCAAGAAGAUGCUGCGGCGCAGGGUCAAGGACGACAUCGUGGAGGCGGCCUACAACAGAUACGCGUUCCACGACACGGGCCUGCCCAAGUGGUUUGAGGAGGACGAGAAGAAGUUCAUGCGCCCCGCGCCCCAGGUCACGCCCGCGGAGUACAAGGAGGCGCGGGAGGCGCUGCGCAGUGUGGACGCUCGGCCCAUGCGCAAGGUGGCGGAGGCCAAGGCGCGCAAGGCCAAGCGCCUGGGCGAGCGGCUGAGCCAGGCGCGGCAGAAGGCAGAGGCCAUCGCCAAGUCGGAGGACGGCAGUGCGGGGGCCAAGGUGAAGGAGAUUGAGAAGCUGUACAAGGUGGCGCGGGGGCGGGGGCGGGGCAAGAAGAAGCCCUCCCGCUCCGACCAGUACAAGAAGAAGGGGCCGCCCCUGGACGCCCGCAUGCGCAAGGACAAGCGGGGUACUGACCGGGCGGCCGCCCGGAGGGGGGAGAAGAAGCCGAGCAGGGGGGGCAGCCGUGGUGGGAAGAGGCGGUAG